UGAACCUGUCAAAGAGGAGACAAACGAGCAAGUGGUGGCGCAGGCAGCAUUUCGCUCCUGGGAGGGACAACUGUGCCUUUAAAACUGUCGAGCAGUUACUGCUUGACUACCUAAUCCUACCACUGCCCUGCCAAAUGGAGGCCCUCUGUUUGUUGGGGCGCAAAGCUCCGUUUCGGAUGCUGGUUUGUAAAAAGAGCUCCUUCCUCGGCACUCAGAGGCUCUCUGGAGCUUCCCUGGCAGGCAGGCUUGAGUCUCCCCACAGCCAUGCUAGCCAGCAAGUCAGGGCUGCAGCUGGUUCAGCCUGGCCUGCCCCCUUUCCCAGAGCCUGCAGUGGACUCCGCUUGAAAAGCAUCUCCUCCAAGAGGUUUGCCCUGCAACGCUGCUUCUCUGACUUCAAUGUACCUCCCAGUGCUCAUUCUGUGGCUAGACCGGUGGGGAUAUGUUCUCUCUUCAAGCUCCCCAUCCGGACCUCGGCGGAGGGUCUUGAUGCUGCUUUUGUGGGGGUCCCCCUGGACACAGGCACCUCCAACCGUCCCGGGGCCAGGUUUGGCCCUCGCCAUAUUCGAGCCGAAUCAACGAUGAUGAGGCUAUUCAACCCGAGCACUGGAGCUGAUCCCUAUCAUUCUCUGAUGGUCGCUGAUAUUGGAGACGUGAACGUCAACCUGUAUGACUUGAAGGACAGCUGCAGGCAAAUCCGAGAAGCCUUCCAGAAGAUCGUGGCGGGUGGCUGCAUCCCCCUCACGAUGGGUGGAGACCACACGAUCACAUACCCCAUCCUGCAGGCCAUUGCUGAAAAGCAUGGCCCUGUGGGGCUGGUGCACGUGGAUGCCCACACGGACACAGGAGACCAAGCGCUGGGGGAAAAGAUCUACCAUGGGACACCGUUCCGACGCUGUGUGGACGAAGGGCUCCUGGACUGCAAACGGGUCACUCAGAUUGGGAUCCGAGGCUCCUCCUAUGCGAGAGAUCCUUAUCAAUAUUGCUGGGAUCAGGGCUUCCGAGUGGUCUUAGCAGAAGACUGCUGGAUGAAGUCACUGGUCCCUUUGAUGUCCGAAGUGAGGAAGCAGAUGGGAGACAGGCCUGUCUAUAUCAGCUUUGAUAUCGACGGAAUAGACCCUGCCUAUGCUCCGGGCACUGGGACACCAGAAAUUGCUGGUCUUACUCCUGCCCAGGCACUGGAGAUCAUUCGGGGCUCCCGAGGGCUUAAUAUCGUUGGCUGCGACCUUGUCGAAGUGGCACCCAUGUACGAUCUCUCUGGUAACACAGCUCUCUUGGGAGCUAAUCUGCUCUUUGAAAUGCUGUGCGCCCUCCCUGGAGUGAAGAGGACUUGAGCCAUUCCAGGAAGCCUCCCAUUCCUGCAGGGGAAACUGCUAUCGGCCAGGCAGAUGCCUGCAUGGAAGCUGGCCUUAGAACUUCACACGGUCCUUGUAACUUUCCUUUUGCUAGCUGCAGCCUCUUCAAACAUCCAUCACACAAGCCCUGACAAUCCCAGUUUUUCAAAAUAUGACUGUUUCUAGUCCUCAGUGUUGCAGAGAGAAAAAACGGUGAGCAGUCAGCCUUGAGAAACCAAUUCUAAGGUUUCUAUUGCACUGGUAGUUGCCAACCGCCAGGUCAGGCCUGGAGUUUUCCUGGACUUGCAACUGAUUUCCAAGCUAGAGAUCACUUCUCACGGCUGCUUUGGAGGGUGAACUCUGUGUCACACUCCACUGAACUUCCUCCCCGGGCUCCACCCUCAAGAGCUCCAGGAAUUUCUCAACCCAGAGUUGGCAACCCUAAUUGCAUUUGGCACAAAAUGGACAUCCUGAACUUGGGGCCAGCUGCAGAGCCAAGUCCCUUGCUUGCUUGGGAAUGGAAUAUUUCGCACAAAAAAGCAAACAGGAAAGAUGUAUACCAAUCAGGUUUCCUAUCUUGCAUCAUUUGUUUGGGGUACAGGGUAUGGAAAAAAAGGGGCAGAGAGCUCCAUUAUUCCAGAAGGGAUUGGGGGAUUGAUCGGCUGUGUCACUACUGCAAUUGUACCAAGAGGCUUCUUUGCCCCACCCCGGAAAGUUAGUUUGGUGGUCCUAGUGCCACAACAGCCUAAGGCAACCUCAUGGGUCCAAGAGCCGGGAGUCAGUGUCAAAUUCCAAAUCGCCAUCUGAUCACACAUUAAAAUAGUUUAUUUCA